UCUGUAUCCUGGACAAUUGAGAGGAAUUUGGAACACUGUAAUUAUAUGUACCCCUCCCACCUAUCCAGACUUUAAUAAUAUAUACAUAAAUAUGUACAUAGUUUAAGUAUAUAGAACAUAUAUAAUGAAGCCCGUUUUAAAAUGUCAUCAUUCUUGUUUCAUUGACCUGAAGCAGCAAGUCAUUCUUCAGUGACAGGGCCCUGAGAGAAAGGACCAGGGGAUCGGGAAAUGAAGAAGGGGGGACAGUGGGCUCAGGAGGUCUUGCACAAGUCGUGUCUUCCACCAAGCGAGUUUAUUAAGAAGUACAGCGUCUUAGAUGUUAUUCUAAGGGGGGAACAGAGGGCCUUCUCCUUGUGCUGAAAGAGGCCUAGACCCAUGAGUGGCCAUGCUCUCCCUUCCCCUAUGUCUCACGCUGUCCUGAGAUGCCCUGGAGAUUCACUAUUACCUACAACUUCCUUAACCAAUCCCUGACCUUUGAAAGGAACCUCAUAAUCUAGGAGCUCCCUGCCCAGCAGCCCUCUCCCUUCAGAGGGGAGAGGAAGACGUUCAACACUGUGCUCUCCGGGGCUGGAAUAAUAGAGGCUGGGUGCACUGAGACCCAGGAAACCCUGCUGUCAAGAGGCCCCUCCCAGAAGGGUACCAGUUUCACAACUCUGGCAGUGGGUUCCACUUCUGCAAUGGAAAAUGACAUUUUCAUUUCUUUCCUAGAGGGAAAAGGAGGAGCGGUAGAACUGACGUGUGCUCGCCCAGGCCCUUCCCUGCAGAGAGAGCACACAGCUGCAGAGAUGUACCUCGGCAGGAAGCACCUGGACUGACAUCUGGCUCAGAGGAGGGCUCUGCGAGGGUGUGUUUGUUCGUGCCUGACAGACAUAAGCAAGCCUCUCGUGACUGCUUUUCUGUUCCUGUAAAGCAGAGGCAAACUGUCUCCAAAUGGCCUGCAGACCAUCAGGCUCCACCCUGUAAGCUGGAUCUCAUCUAUGGAGAGGGCCCUCACAGUCCUGCAAGUGAGCCUAUACCACCCCACACCAGGCCUGGUCACCUUUGCCAAAGUCCCACUGCGGCUGCAGCAUGAUACCAGUCGGCUGCUGGUGGGACGUGGGCAGGACGCCCACAUCCAGCUGCAGCUGCCCCAGCUGUCCCGACACCAUCUGUCCUUGGAGCCCUACCUGGAGAAAGGAAGCAACCUGCUAGCCUUCUGCCUUAAGGUGUUGUCUCGCAAGAGCUGUGUGUGGGUCAACGGGCUGCCCCUGAGGUACCUGGAGCAGGUCCCCCUCAGUGCUGUCAACAGAAUCUCCUUCUCUGGCAUCCAGAUGGUAGUCCGCAGAGACGGGGGCUCCUCCCUUGAGACCUUUGUCUGCUACUUCCAUUUCAGCUCGUCACCCCUGAUUUACAGACCCAAGGCCCAGGAGACGGAUGAAUGGGAAAACGUUCUUAAGAAGGAGACUCCUCCUGUUUCUGGGGAGGCAACUCGUGAUCUCUUGGGGUCUCCCCAGGGCUCCUCCCACACUCAGACAGCUGUUCCCAGCCAAGCCCUGGAGGAGCAACAGAAAUAAAGCUCCAGAGGGAAACCCCCAGACACUGCACCCUGCCAGCCCUGCUGGCUGAGAGCAAGUCUUGCUAAAACAGGGUUUGAAGUAUUUGAACUAUGUCAUGUGAGGUUGACACACAAAGUUGGCAUGCAAGGCCUGCUGGCCACCCCACUCGCAGGGAACUGAUCCUGUAAACUUUGAGCAGCCCAGGGGUGGAGAAGUGCCCUCCAUGGCUCUGGGUAAUGGGAACUAUGGGAACUUCAUAUACUUUUAGAGGCCCUGAGAGGUUCUGGGGAGCCUCUCCCAUCAUCACCCCCCCCCAUUUCCUCCUUUGUCUGGCUGGGAGUCACUUUAUGUUGCUCAUUUCACAGGCUGCUUAAGAGCAGAAGCAUAGGGUUGCAGCAGGAAUGCAGGGACACGUGGAGAAAUGACAUUUGUGGUAGCUCAGGGUUACCUUCAGCUUUCAAAUACCCACAGGCACUCAGGGCUUAGGAAAGCCUGUGUUUAAUAAACUGAAAGUAUUUCAUUAAGCUGGCACACCCAGUAGGAUUCCCUGAGUCCCAGAUGGGCCACAUGUACGCCAUGUUGUCAUGUGGAGCUGGGGGCGGGAAACCUGGGAGAGGUGUGAGAGGAAAUUGGGAAGGUAGGCAGGAGUUUUCGUUUCUAGAAAGGCUGCAUGGCAGAGCUCAAGGCUUCCGGGAGGGGAGCUAGAGACUAGGACUGCUUGGAUAUUUCUUCUCCCCUCCCUCCUUUCCCCUCCUCUUCCUUUUCUCCCUCCUCUCUUCUCCCAUUCUCUGUCACUUCUGGACCAAGGCCCUGGCUGACCAGAGGGCAAAGGUCUUCAGGAAAAGACUGUUUCCUGCAGAAGUAGGCUCUUUCAGAACUAAUUCCAUGGUUAGAGAGCAAGGUUGUGUCAGAAGUCAACCGAGUUAUCCCACUUGGAGGAGUAAGAUGCCUGCCAGGGCUUAUCUUCCCUGAUCAGACAUGGAGGUGGGGUUGUUAAGGAGCCAGGCAGGCAAGGAUAGCAUAAUUUUCUCAGGGAGAAGGGAGCAGAGGGCUAACAGCUGCUUGCCAUUUAGAAAUAAUGUUUACUCAAGUAAGGGCAGGAGAAUCCUACAAACUCAGGUAACUACCAUAAGCCCAGACUCUGCACUAGGGCACCCCAGACACUGAAGGCACAGUGCUGCUCACAAACUGACUCAUAACCCCAGCAUCUGUGACACCUCUGUCACGAACCAUUCCCUACCCUUUGUGCCCAAGGCAGACUAUAGGAGGCUCAGGGCUGCUUCCCAGCCCCGAAUAUCUUCCUCUUAGGGAAAAUAACACCAGACAAGUCCUACUCACAUCUAUGCUUAGGAAGUCCCUUCUCCAACGGAAUAUGAACUGAGUACCCUUAGAUCACAGAUACAAGAUAGAGGAGAGCAUGGUCUACCUGGAAGGAUGCUGGCCAUGUGGUGAAUGGCCCCAAGACUCCCAGAGAGACUCCCACAGUUCCUCCCUCAUUUAGAUGAACUUUUACCAAACACCCACCUCAUGCCAAAUGUAUAUCAAGUCUCAGAAUCCAGGAAUAAACAAAGCCAAUAAAAUCUACCUUCCAGAAGCUUGCUUGGCCCCAGGAGAGAUAAGCAUUCAGGAACAAAUGACUUAAUUAUUUUAUCACAGCUGUUGGGAUUAUAUCUUGUCCCUCCUCUGGUUGGGUUUGAGAUUUACCCUGUCAUUAGGUAGAUUUGAAGUUGAUACGUACUGUAUGUUCAUCCCUCUGCUAAGCAAGUCACGGUGUAGUAAGCCCUUGAGCACUGGAGCCAGGGGUCAACACCAUUCAGUCCUCACAGUUCCCCAGAUAGACACUGAUCUCAAGCACAGUUCACAAAUAAGGAAGAUAAGACUCAGAAGGUUAACUAUCUAGUCAGGGCCAUGUCAUUUGUGAACUGGGUGACCUUGGGCAAGGGACUUAGCCUGUCUUGCCCUCUAUUUCUCCCUCUGGAAAGCCAGGUAGAUAAGCAUACCUAGCUGCCAGAACAGUUGAGAGGAUGUCAGGAGGCAGGUCAUGGAAAAUGCAUAGUGGCCCACAGAAGGCACUCAAGAAAGGCCAGCCGUCCUGAGGCCAAAGACAGGGAAGCUAAAAUAUACAAAUCCUGAGGCUCAUCACAAACAUGGAACUUGGGGUGACUUGAACCCCAGUAACCUAGCUCUAGAGCUCAAGAGCUUCCAGUGUUCUGUGGAGGAUGGAGGAGGUGUUAAGCUGCUUUUAUAUCAGAAGAUCUGGGUUCGUAGAACAAGAGACACUGCUGGCACUGGAGAGGGGGAACUGCCUGUAGUUCAGGCUAGUCCACUGCUCAGGAUUGCUUUGAAAUCCCCCAACUCUAAAGCAGGUACAGAUCCAUGGAAGACUCAAGCGCUGUCCAGUCUGUGAUUACAGAGCAGCUGCCCACAGAAAAACCUUGAGAAACACACCUAGAGACUGCAUGGCCACCCAAGGCUGGAGGCACCAGGGUCUCUGGGUGUAGCUCCUUGCACCUCUGAAGAACUUUUGGAACAGGCUGCAGCUGCCAAGUGUCUCUCUCCAUCCUCUCCCCUCCAGGAAGGCGCAAACCCACCCCUGCUAAGGGCCCAUGAGAUAGAGCAGCGCACUUCCUCCAUGGGGGACUGUGUGGUUGGUGUAUUUUGGGUGAAGUGUCUGUGAGGUCCUCACACUGAAAAGUAGACUAGAGAAUGACAGGCCAGACACAGGAAGGGGAAGAGCCAGGAAACAUCUGGCUUGUUUCACAAAGUCUCCUCGGGAGCAUUUCUUCCUCCUCCUCUUUCUCUUCUUCUUCUUUUUUUUAGUUUUAUUGUUUUUUUAGACAAAGUCUCACCGUGAGUCUCAAAGCAGCCUUGCAUUCACUAUCCCGAAUCUGCCUAUCCCAAGUGCUCAGUCACAAGUGUACACCAACCACACCUGACUUGUUCCAGGUAUUCAAGACAGCAAACUCUGCUAGCUUUCACUUCCCUUGAAAAACAAAAAACCUGGAACUAUUAGAUUCAUGGCCCCAUGGCACUCUCCUGUCACUUGGAAUCUGUAGGUUAACUUCAAGACCCUGCUUGUGGAUUUGCCGUCACUGUCGCUUCUCUUGCCUACACAGGGUCCCUUCUAACCAUCUCUUAUGAAUGUCCUAAGCUCCCCCCUCCCAGCAGGGCAGCCUGUGUGACCAUGGGGAUGAGCACAUGGAAGCUUACAGGACAUACAGACACACAAACACCCAUAGGCACACAACACAGGUAGUUUCAAGCUGUCUGGGCUACAAUUCAUGCUACUCACUUACCGUCCCAUGGUCUUUGGACCUGUGACUCCUACUUGACGGUCACUGCAGAAAUAAAAUGAGACACUGAAUGUAAAUUUGUCUGUGGCACACAGUAGGUGUUCAGGAGGGUCAGUUAGCAUUGGCCAGUUCGGUGGAACAAGUUGAGCAUACGUGGUCCUGUGGACUCAACUGCAAGUACACGUAUGCUGCAAACACACCCGCUCUAAGUAGAUAAAUCCCAUAUGAUCAGAUGGACCUCGGGCACUGCCGUCCCGGAGACGGUGUCAGGAAAUUCUGAAGUCAUUCCCUGCCCUGCCUGUCGAGGCUGUUUAAUUCUCACCAGCCUGUGCCUCACUGCCGAUGUGAGUCUUCCGAAGCUGACUCUUCCUGUCUGCUCAAGGCUGUUGGAUGCCACAGUGGCCAGAACGGGGCUGGACAGGAUGUGAGGCCAGCAGUGAUAAAGGUCCGAGGCAAACCUCACAAGCAGACACCCUCAGUCAGAGGCCCACAGUGGAAGAAGCUAAGCAGCCAGUGAGGUCAAGACGACCAGAGAGUCUGGGAGGGCAAGACACAGUUGUCGCUCCCUCCCCUGCCUCAAACGGAGGGAGCACGGCAGUGUUUCCUUUCUCUCCCCCUCAAGCCUUGGUACCCUAACUCAAGUGGAGCCUGGGUUUGGGGAUUUUGUGUGGUGACUGGUGACUGUCAUGGUGCAAGAGAGACAGUUCCCUCUCACCGGCACUUCCGGCCUCCAACAGAGGUGCAAGGCGGCAGGCUCCCCCAGGAGACCCCGAGAAGGGCUCUGAGCAAUGGCAGCCAGGAGUCACCCUCCAAAUCUCCUCUCUCUGCCCACACCCCCAGGCACGUACCAGCAACACUCACCUUGCUGUGCCAGCCUGCCACCUAGGGUACCAGGAGGCCACCCUGCUAGAGGCCUGGACAGGACAGUUGUUAACCUGAAAGAAUACUUGUUGGUAGACAAAGGAGCAGCAGUCAGUUCUGCCAGCGGGGCACAGAGGGAGCACCAGCAGGGCACCAAGGGAGCACCAGGGGGUCACCAAGGGAGGACCAGCAGGGCAUUGAGGGAGCGCCAGCGGGGCAUUGAGAGAGCAGUCACUCCAUAAACGUGUAAAGGGAGCCUUAGUUGAGGGGUCCAGUUUCAGGCCUCCCAGUGACUGACUGGUAGGGCUGAGGACCUGGAUGGAGAAUCAUUUUUAUAACGACCCACUGCACCACCACCAGGCUGCCAUCACUGAGUGCAGAAGGCUCCUCACUACCUCUGCUGCCCAGAAACUAGUGGGAGCUGGGACACCUGCCUCCUACUCCAUCUGUCAUCGGUUCCAGUUUCCUCUGCUCCCAGCCAAAGGCCUCUGGGUUGCAGUCACCCUGUGUUGCCCCAACCCUUCCAUCUAGCCAAGACCUGGGGGAGGAGUUAAGCCCAAGGAGGAGAUGCUGAUUUUAAUGAACUUGGUUCACAUUGCAAGGCUCUGAUUCCUCUCCCUUUAACGUGAACUCACAGGCGGAUUAAAGUGAAAUAAAACCUACUAUCUGA